UGUCGAAAGACUUUAAUGAAAUAAUGAAACACACGUGCAAACAAUUAAUGCUCUCAUAAAGCCGUCUGCUACACCACAAUUUGUCAGUGCAGUGACAGGGCCCGCCGUCCUCCGCCAUGACAGGCUACAGGUGGACAUGACACUGAUUACCUCAGCCAGUGAAAUAUUCAAGAUAACCUCAAAGAAAUAUUAAGAUUUCAAAAUCUGUCUUCGUGCUGAGGCGGAGUGCAAUGCAAUAUCCAAAUAUCUCUACACUACCAGCUUUUAAUUUCUCACUACCUACGAGACUUACCGACGGCCCUGCACCUCCUGCACCUCGUGCACCUCCUGCACCUCCCAACAACUUAUUUGCAAAGCAAGUGGCGCCCUCUGAAACUCAAGUUUUCGAGGAGAAGGACGAGCUGUCUGACGUGACGCUGGUGGUGGAGGACAAGCGGUUGUACGUCCACAAGACCUUCCUGGCGCUGCACUCCCCUGUCUUCCGCAAAAUGUUCUUCUCUGACUUCAAGGAGAAGGAGAGCAAGGAGGUUUGUCUGCCGGAGAAAAAAUACACGGCCAUGGUCAGCUUUCUGACUCACAUCUACCCUGGACACUCCUUUCGGACACUGACAGAUGAAAGACUUAUAGACAUUCUGGAGCUGGCAGACGAAUACCAGACUGAACAAGUGUUGUCUGACUGCGAGCAGUACAUGGGGACACAGAUACACCUGCUAGGACAACGACUGUCGGAGGACCAGAUGAUGUUGUACCUGUGGAUGAUGGCGCAGUACAACCUCAAGCUUCACCUAGAAGUGCUGAUGGAUCUCUCCUCAAAGAAAGCGGUUCACCGGCUGCUCAAGAGCAAGUAUUUCAACUCUGUUCCUCCAGAGACAAUGAAGGAGUUACUUGUGAGAAGAUGUAAAGAUCUCGAGAAAACAUUCUCCCGAACGAAUGAUUAAAUGAUUUUCAUCAAAUGAAUAGCUGAGGAUGUCAGGCCGUGAAGUAGGUUGCACUUUUGCACACCUUCAUGGUUCGCCUUUUUCUCCCUUAGAACAAUAACAAAGACAUGAAGAACAAUAACAAAAACUAUUUUGAAGAACUGAGCUGUCCAGAAGACCUUAGCUGGGUGUCACUUAAAACAUGUAACAUUAAUUCAUUUCUUUUAUUUUUCUGCGAUCAUUUCUAAUUAUUUUGUAUACGAUACACAAUUAAAAUUUCUUGAUAUUGCCAGUGUUUUUCGUUAAAUUUUGCUUAUUACUGAUUUAAGUAACCUGCAAUAAUAUUAUACUCGCAUUUAUCUGUCCAGGCAAGUAAUAUUUCCAGUCAUGUCUAGAAAAGCGAUCAUGAUGUGAAUGAUGACUGUUGUUCCACAUUUCGGCUUCAAAUAAAUAAAAGUGAUCAACAAAAAUUAUUGAAACUAGAA